AUGAAGCUUGAGAUUGGAGGGGCGGUGCCAGGCAGCAGCAUCCAGAGCAAGCUGUGCCAGGUGUGCAGUGACACUGCAUCGGGCUUUCACUAUGGAGUUUGGUCUUGUGAGGGAUGUAAGGCUUUCUUCAAGAGAAGCAUACAAGGUCCAGUUGACUACAUCUGUCCGGCCACCAACACCUGCACCAUAGACAAGCACAGGCGGAAAAGCUGCCAGGCGUGUAGAUUACGGCGGUGUUAUGAGGUCGGCAUGAACAAAGGGAGUCAGAGAAAAGAGAGAAAGAGCAGCAAUGCAACUGGAGGGUUAAAAGGCAAACGAUGCAGGGCAGAUUCUUCAGAUUCUACUGUCAACUCAACCAAUAGCGGAGCCUCAUCUUUGAAGGCGGCAAAACGAUCGAGGAGUGCAUCCAUCCUAGAAGCGCUACAGAAAGCUGACCUUCCCGUUUUAGAGAGCUACCAUAACCACAGCUUGCCCGCCACGCGGGUGCACCUACUGAACACGCUGAUCAAGCUGGCUGACAGAGAACUGGUUUAUCUCAUUAAUUGGGCCAAGCAUGUCCCAGGUUACACAUGUUUGACCCUGAGUGACCAAGUUCACCUGAUUGAGUGUUGCUGGAUGGAACUACUGCUUCUCAACUGUGCUUUCCGCUCCAUGGAAUACAAAGGACGGACGCUUGUGUUUGCCCCUGACUUUCAUUUAGAAAGACAGCAGUGGGCCCUAACGGGAAUGGGUGAUGUCUUAGAGCAAGUCUCUGCAGUGUCAGAACAAAUGGUCCUCCAUGGCCUUAACAAAGAGGAGCUUCUUCUGUUGCAGGCUACAGUGUUAGUCAACGCAGAGGUGCGUCCCAUGGACAGCUUUGUGAAAAUUCAGGACAUGAGACAAGUGAUUUUAGAUGUUUUCAUGGAGGUUGCAGGUCGCCACCAGGGCUACGGCAACUUGCGGCAUGCACCAUCGAUACUUCUGCUACUGACCCACAUUCGUCAGGCAGGUGAGCGUGGCAUCACCUACUUCCAGCGAUUGAAGCUGGAGGGCAGCGUCACAUUCUGUGACUUGCUGACGGAGAUGCUGGAUGCACACAGUGCUUCUGGUGAGCAGCGGCGUCUGCAACAGCAGCAUCAGCAACAUCAGCAGCAGCACCCGGGCCAAAGCCAACACCACCACCAACAUCCUUCCCAAAAUCAGCACCAUCAGCAGCAGUCUCAGCAUCAUCACCAGCAGCAGCAUACAGCAGCACCAGAAUGA